UGGUUUUAUAAGGUUAGGUGUAAAUGAAAGGACUAAUUGGUUAAGUGUUAACAUUUUCUCUUGACUUCAAUUCCAGACUAUAAACAAACCAACCAGAAUAAAAGACCAAGACCAAGGGAAAGAACAAAGAGAGAGUCGGAUACCUCUUCUGUUAGAUCUGAAAUUUCUCUUACUCGGCAGAUUGUUCUCAGAUCUAAUGGCUCUCUCUAAAUCCUUUCUCUUCUCCUUGUUUCUAUUCAUUUUGUUUUCACUUUCUUUUGCUGAAAUCCGAUUCACGGAGAUCCGAUCCGACGGCCGCCCGAUUAUUCCUUUUGAUGGGUUCGGCUUCACCCACCGUGGCCGCCUUGAGCUCAACGUUUCUAAGAUCACACUCUCCAAUCGUAAUCCUGAACUUGACUUCUCAAAAGUCGGAUUAUUCCUCUGCACGCGUGACUCCUGGCUUCACGUGCUCCAACAGCUCGAAGACGGUGAGGUCACUUGUGCACUUCAAUCCGAUCUCAUUAAGCACGUCUUCACCUUCAAGAAUCUCAACGGAAAAUCGGAAUUCUCAACUCUCUAUGUUGAAAAUGAUUCCGAUCAAUACACGCUCGUUUUUGCUAAUUGUCUCCAGCAAGUCAAGGUCUCCAUGGACGUUCACUCGGCCAUGUACAAUCUCGAGGGAAGAUCGAACAAUCGCGAUUAUCUCUCGGCCGGUAAAACGGUUCUCCCUAGGGUUUAUUUCCUCCUUUCAUUAAUCUAUUUCGUUCUCGCCGGACUCUGGAUCCACGUGCUGUACAAAAAGCGACUCACUGUUUUCCGGAUCCACUUUUUUAUGCUGGCCGUUGUGAUUAUGAAGACGUUGAAUUUACUUUGUGAAGCCGAAGAUAAAUCUUACAUUAAACGCACCGGUAGCGCACACGGUUGGGACGUUUUGUUUUAUAUUUUCAGUUUUUUUAAAGGGAUCAUGCUUUUCACGUUGAUCGUUUUAAUCGGUACCGGGUGGUCGUUUUUGAAACCGUAUUUACAGGAUAAAGAAAAGAAAGUGUUGAUGAUUGUGAUUCCACUUCAGGUGGUAGCCAAUAUUGCUCAGGUUGUUAUUGAUGAAACGGGGCCCUAUGGUCAGGAUUGGGUUACGUGGAGGCAAGUGUUCUUGCUUGUCGAUGUGGUGUGUUGCUGUGCUGUAUUGUUCCCAAUUGUUUGGUCGAUCAAGAAUUUGAGGGAGGCUGCUAGGACAGACGGCAAGGCUGCCGUUAAUUUGAUGAAGCUUACCUUGUUCAGGCAGUACUAUAUUGUGGUUAUCUGUUACAUCUACUUUACACGUGUGGUGGUUUAUGCUCUUGAGACUAUAACUUCGUAUAAGUAUCUGUGGACGAGUGUGGUGGCAGGAGAGUUGGCCACGCUGGCGUUUUAUGUGUUUACCGGUUAUAAGUUUAAGCCAGAGGCGCACAAUCCUUACUUUGUGAUUGAUGAUGAAGAAGAAGAGGCUGCUGCCGAGGCUUUGAAGCUUGAAGACGAGUUUGAAUUGUAAUUGGGCUGAUUUGAUUUUGGGGCUUGAGGUAGAAUCUUGCCUACUCAUGUCCGUUUUUUCUUUUUGUAAUUUUGAGUAACACUAGUAGGUAAUUUCAUAAAACUUUGAUGUAUGUUUGUGAAUGCCAUAGUACUUGUAAGUACUGAUACAUGAAUAUUUGGGGUCACUUCUGGAGAAUUGGUUGUGUAUUAAUUUGUUCUUCAUCUAGUUAAUCAGCUCAAGAUGUGAUAGCA